AACAAGUUAUGUUGACAGCUAGCUUGAUGCUAGCUAGUCUUGCGUCAAGACCAGACCCCGAGUCUUAGCUAAUCCCUCACCGACUCUCGUCUUCGAUUCAUAGAUGCGGUGUGUAGUUUCAGUGUGAGUAAUGCAGGAUAGGUACAGCGAGAUAGGCUUCGUCAAGCAAAUACUCGGUUUGAAUUUAGUGCCGAGAAAGAAUGGCACACACCGAGGCAACGACACUCUCAACGACUUCUCAGAGAUGUGGUACGGAGUGUUUCUGUGGGCAGCGGUCUCCUCUCUGGUCUUCCACCUGCCGGCAGCGCUGCUCGCCCUCGCCACACUGCGCCAGCACAAGAUGGCCCGAUUUAUUCCCAUCGCCAUCCUCCUCAUGGGCGUCGUGGGACCAGUUUGUGGGGGAGUCCUCACCAGUGCAGCCAUAGCAGGUGUGUACAAGGCUGCAGGAAAGAGGAUGAUGUCUUUGGAGGCUCUAUUUUUCGGUGUGGGACAAUCUUUCUGUGUCCUCAUCAUCUCCUUCUUCAGGGUGCUUGCCACCCUUUAGCAGCACCGAAGCCUGCCUGGCUGGCCUGCUGGCUGGCCUGCUGGCUGGCCUGCUGGCUGGUUCGCUGGCUGGUUCGCUGGCUAGCCUGCUGGUUGGCUCGCUGGCUGGUUCGCUGGCUGGCCCCGAUGCUGCCGGCUGAGUCGGACGGUCGCACCUUCUCUUGGCGGGACCCGAGUUUAACACGGUACAAGACUAGCUCCCUGGCAAAUCCCGGUACCCAUGUAAACCAGUAGGGCCCGGGACAUGACGUAAUUUUCCUCCUGACGGACCAAGACCAGAGCGGAUUUGAUUGAACUAUGAAAGAAAGAGAGCAUUGUGUAAACUGGAGGUGUGUGUUUGCAGCACUAAGCCUUCUGAAAGAUGUCCACUGCAGGACAGCACAAUGCUGCUUUCACAUCACAGGCUAACCACACUACAUACACUUUUCUCUGAUCUUUAAAAUAUAUUGAAGAUGCGCUCGCAGGGUUAGCAGCAUUUUUAAAUAAUAUUAUUAAAUAAUUAUUAAUAGUUCUUCCUGUGUGGUGUGAAGGCAGUAGGAUGCUGUUCUCCCCUAUCGCCGGGGUUGCAAUUUAGCAGCAGGAUGACACUAACCUUUCUCAGGGGGUGUGUGUGUGUGUGUGUGUGUCUGUGUGUCUGUGUGUCUGUGUCUCUUUUUCACUAUCGGUCUGACAACAGUUUGACUCAUGCAAUGACUGCCGAGAGACCGAAUAACAGGCAGGAAGAUGAUGGUUAUAUGCAAGAUUCUGGCUUUUUUUCCCUCGAGGCCUUAACUUCUUUUUUUUGACUUCCAAAGUGGUGUUUAUCUUCAGGGCUGUCUUUCUUUAACACGGUCUCCUGCUCCUUUCAUUCUGGUCUGACUGCCUGUGUGUUACUGUUCAUUCUUAAUAAGUUAGAAGCACCUGCAACAUGUUCCCUUCUAGCUUUCUCAGCCAAUUUAUUUCAGACAAGCCUACAAGUGAAGAGGUUUUUAUGGGUAAUGUUUUUAUGGGACACAUUUUUAUUUUUUUUAUUCUGCCCUGCAAAUGCAGCCUAUAGAAUGUCUUCAGUUGCUCAUCAUCUUGGUUGGUUUGGUUGUGAGUGAUGUUUGAACACCAGUCCGCUCAGAUUACCAAACAACCCCCUAAAAGAGUUUGUGAUCGUUUCUUUUCUCUCUUUGAAUGAUAGUAUGUUUUUACAGGUGUGUCAUUUUGGGACACUGAACUGAUUUGUAUAUAUUCUAAAUUAUUUCCAGGUCUUUGUAGCUUUUUAAUCUUUAUGACCAAAUAUGUUUUGCUAUUUUUAUUUCUCUGCACUACAUGUAUUACAAUGUAAUACGAUGAUUGAACAGAAGUGCAGUUGUUAGUUGUCGGGCUCAUCAUAUUCCCCCAGUCCUCCGUGGCUGCUUUUAGUUGCUUUGGUAGCCGACAGGUGCUUCUGAAUCACUAUCCCGUGCAGCAUACAGACAAAUGUGAACUCUACACGUCCAACUUUGACCUGUAUGAGAAAAAAGAUGGAGCUUACAAAUGAUGCUGUUUCUGUUUUAACAACUACUUACUCUAGUAGUGAUUUACACUAGCUGCUGACGCCACUACCAGAAAUGUAUUUACUGUUGGCCAGUUGUGACAGGAGUCACUUUUCCAUUGGUUUUGAUUUUAUUUUUGUAUCUUUGUCUUGAUGAAAAGCUGCUUCUGUAAAAACUGCAUCAAGAAAU